AUGCCGUUUGGGGGUCUCACUGUUCUCCUUGGAGGAGACUUCCGACAGGUCCUCCCAGUUGUGCCAAAAGAAGGUCGUGAAGGUACUGUGGCUGCAAGCCUCAGUAAGUCUUAUUUGUGGCAGGAAUGCAAAGUGUACACAUUACUAGAGAACAUGCGUGUUGAAAGAGAUGUAUCGACCAUAUCAGUGGAAGGCAAAGUGCUGAAUUUUAAGGAUUGGAUCUUGAACGUUGGUAACGGAUUACAACAUGCAUAUGAUCUUGAUGGCAGUGGUGACUUCUCAUGGAUCAAAAUCCCAGAAGAGUUGCUGGUGUCUUACUCUGGAGACCCCAACAAAGCAAUUGUUGAUGAAAUCUAUAUGGACCUCCAAGAAAGGCAUGGUUCCAUCGACUACCUGCGCGAACGAGCCAUACUAACACCUCUGAAUGAAAACGUGGGCAAGAUAAAUCGGGAGGUUUUGGGUAGGCUCCCCGGCGAUUGUACGGUCUAUAGAAGUUCCGAUAGUAUUUGUAAAGGUUCAUGCAAUAAUGCUGCUGAUGACAUCUUGUAUCCACCUGAAUUUUUGAAUUCUCUCAAGUAUAGUGGUGUGCCUAAUCAUGAGCUUGAAAUGAAAGUGGGUGUCCCCAUAAUGCUACUUCGUAAUCUUAACCCGAAAAAGGGAUUGUGCAAUGGCACAAGACUAAUAGUUACCCGGUGCUACAGAAUCCUCAUAGAGGCUCUAAUUAUAACUGGAAAUAAAAGUGGUGAGAAAACAUACAUCCCCGGGAUAUGUAUGUCCCCCGCCGACAAGACAAUGCCUUUUGUUUUGAAGAGGAAACAAUUUCCGAUUGCUGUAUGCUAUGCAAUGACCAUCAAUAAAAGCCAAGGACAAACAUUAAAGAAUGUCGGGCUGUAUUUACCAAACCCGGCUUUUGGCCAUGGUCAAAUUUAUGUUGCAAUAUCAAGAGUAACCUCACCUAGUGGCCUCAGAAUCUUAUGUGUUAAUGAAGAUGAGAAGUAUGCUGGCUACACAAAAAAUGUUGUCUACCAUGAAAUUUUUAAUGACAUUGUGCCCAACAACCUCUCUGAACCUUAG